AUGUCAUUAAGCCCCAAUGAUUUGAUUCUCUCUGGAAUAUUGGAUGUUCCUACUUUAAUAAGUGAAAAAUCACUGAUUAUGAAAGCUUUGAAAAAGGCGCAGUUGUGGAAAUCAGUUAAUGAACCAAUAGAGCUUUUGUCACUACCGGACAACGUAGAACAAUUUGUUAAUGAGUGCAUCAAAAAUAAAAAUAAAACCAUUGAAAUACCAAAAAGAGAUGCGUCUUUAUUUGUCAGAAUUAGAAAUCUAGUUGAUUCAAUGGAUGCAAUUACUAGUCAAGAGAGUUUAGAAAGAAAUGGUGUUAAGGGUCCCGUCAAAAAAUACGAUAUCUUUGGUGUGUGCAAAAGUGAAAAUUAUGAUUUAGAACUUAUUCUUGGUGAGAUAUCCUAUGGGCCUUUAGAUGAAACUUAUAAACAUUCAAUUGAAGAUAGAAUUAAAUUAGGUAAAGGAGCAAAGGAUUCACUGGAUAAUCCUAACGUUUAG